GGAGGGUCGCUGCUCGGCUGAGGAUGAGUGGCGUCGGAGAGCAGGGUCCCGAAGCCGGCGCGCGUCGGGCAGCGGGCCGCCCGGAGCCCGAGCCCCCCGGCGUCACGCUGAGUGUGGACGUGCCCGGACUGAUAGCGCAGCUGGCGCGCAGCUUCGCGCUGCUGCUGCCGGUGUACGCGCUCGGCUACCUGGGGCUGAGCUUCAGCUGGGUGCUGCUGGCGCUGGGGCUGCUCGCCUGGUGCCGCCGGAGCCGCGGCCUCAAGGCCAGCCGCCUGUGCCGCGCGCUGGCGCUGCUGGAGGACGAGGAGCGCGCCGUGCGCCUGGGCGUGCGCGCCUGCGACCUGCCCGCCUGGGUCCAUUUUCCAGACACUGAAAGAGCAGAAUGGCUAAAUAAGACUGUAAAGCACAUGUGGCCCUUUAUUUGCCAAUUUAUAGAGAAGCUCUUUCGAGAAACCAUAGAGCCAGCUGUACGGGGAGCCAACACCCACCUUAGCACCUUCAGCUUCACAAAGGUGGACAUGGGUCACCAGCCCCUUAGGGUAAAUGGUGUUAAGGUAUAUACUGAAAAUGUAGACAAAAGGCAAAUUAUUCUGGACCUUCAGAUUAGUUUUGUAGGAAAUUGUGAGAUUGAUUUGGAGAUCAAACGAUAUUUUUGUAGAGCUGGUGUGAAAAGUAUACAGAUCCAUGGGACAAUGCGUGUGAUUCUGGAGCCACUGAUUGGAGACAUGCCUUUAGUUGGAGCUCUGUCUAUCUUCUUCCUUAGGAAACCACUUUUAGAGAUUAACUGGACAGGGCUGACUAACCUUCUGGACAUCCCUGGAUUGAAUGGUUUGUCUGACACUAUCAUUUUGGACAUAAUAUCCAACUAUCUGGUGCUUCCCAAUCGAAUCACUGUUCCUCUUGUCAGUGAAGUUCAAAUAGCUCAGUUGCGGUUUCCUAUACCAAAGGGUGUUCUAAGGAUACAUUUUAUUGAAGCUCAGGAUCUUCAGGGAAAAGACACUUACCUUAAAGGCCUUGUCAAGGGAAAGUCUGACCCCUAUGGAAUUAUCCGAGUGGGCAACCAAAUCUUCCAAAGCAAGGUCAUCAAAGAGAACCUUAGUCCAAAGUGGAAUGAGGUGUAUGAGGCUUUAGUAUAUGAACACCCUGGGCAAGAAUUGGAAAUUGAACUCUUUGAUGAAGAUCCAGACAAGGAUGACUUCUUAGGAAGUCUUAUGAUUGAUCUUAUUGAAGUUGAGAAGGAGCGCCUUUUAGAUGAAUGGUUCACUCUGGAUGAGGUUGCCAAAGGAAAGCUACACUUGAAGCUAGAGUGGCUCACACUGAUGCCGGAUGCGUCAAACCUUGACAAGGUGCUAGCAGACAUCAGAGCUGACAAAGACCAAGCCAAUGAUGGUCUUUCAUCUGCACUGCUGAUCUUGUAUUUGGAUUCAGCAAGGAACCUUCCAUCAGGAAGGAAAAUGAACAGCAACCCAAAUCCUCUUGUCCAAAUGUCAGUUGGUCACAAGGCUCAAGAAAGUAAGAUUCGAUACAAAACUGUUGAGCCUGUGUGGGAGGAAAACUUCACUUUCUUCAUUCACAACCCGAAGCGUCAAGACCUUGAAAUUGAGGUCAAAGACGAGCAGCAUCAGUGUUCUCUGGGGAGCUUGAGGGUCCCACUCAGCCAGCUGCUCACAAGUGACGACAUGACCAUAAACCAGCGGUUCCAGCUCAGCAACUCUGGUCCCAACAGCACCCUCAAAAUGAAGAUUGCUCUCCGGCUCCUCCAUCUUGAGAAGCAAUUAAGGCCUCCAGAUUACCAGCACUCAGCUCAAGUGAAACGACCCUCCGUCUCCAAGGAGGGGAGGAAAAUACCCGUCAAGUCUCAGGUGUCGGCACUGCCAGGCACUGGCGGUAGCAGCACAGCUCCAUCCACGCCCAUCAUUGGUGGCAGUGAUAAGGCUGCCACAGAGGAAAAUGCCCCGCCUGCUGAGGCCAGCCCUCCUGUGCAUCGUGACCUAGGCAGGAGCUCCUCUAGUCUCCUGGCCUCCCCGAGCCACAUCGCAGCCAAGGAACCCACCCCAAGCAUUGCCUCAGACAUAUCACUGCCCAUCGCUACCCAGGAGCUACGGCAAAGGCUGCGACAGCUUGAAAAUGGAACAACUCUGGGGCAGUCUCCCUUGGGACAGAUCCAGCUGACUAUCCGGCAUAGCUCCCAGAGGAAUAAGCUCAUUGUGGUUGUGCACUCCUGCAGAAAUCUCAUUGCUUUCUCGGAAGAUGGCUCCGACCCGUAUGUCCGCAUGUAUUUAUUACCAGACAAGAGAAGAUCAGGAAGGAGGAAAACACACGUUUCAAAGAAGACAUUAAACCCCGUCUUUGAUCAGAGCUUUGACUUUAGUGUGUCGCUGCCUGAAGUGCAGAGGAGAACGCUGGAUGUAGCGGUGAAGAACAGUGGUGGCUUCCUGUCCAAAGACAAAGGGCUUCUUGGCAAAGUGCUAGUUGCUCUUGCCUCAGAAGAACUCUCCAAGGGCUGGACCCAGUGGUAUGACCUCACAGAAGAUGGGACAAGGCCACAGAUGAUGACGUAGCCACGCUGGACGUGAGGAAUCUUUCUUGAUGUACCUUUCCCUCUCGACUUGGAACAUACCUUCUUGCAGAUGUACCAAUGCUAUUUUUAUAAUUUCAAGUAUUGAGUUAUAUAUACCUUAAUAGUUUUAUACAACUGUUGGCAUUUUAGGAAAAUUUGGCCAAUAUUAUUGUUCAAUUUUUAUGUUGAGUUUCCUCUAGUGCUUUGCCAGGUUCUGCAAUAUGCAGGAUUUAGUUGGUUCCUAUGCACUCUUGUCAGCUGUACCUCCUGGGACUCACCACCUUGUCCUGAAUCACUGAGGUACACUGUGCCAUGAAAAUAGACUGUUUUUUAUAAUGUCUACAUGCUGGUAUUGAUUCUGAAGAAAAUGGAUCAAGGAAUUACAUGUUCUUCUAAAACAUGUUAAAUUCUGUGACAGAUAAUCGUUUUCAUCUUUUCAGCAAAAAGUUAUCUUAGGCCAGUUUUAUGGUGUAUCCUUUUAAAAGAGAAAUGGAAAGAUUAUUAAAUAUUAGGAUAUUUUUGCCCAUGGGAAUUAUAAAUUAUUCUCAAUAUGAACAUUAUCACAAAUAUGAAGAUAAAUUGAGACGUAAAAUGAGUGACUUAGAAGGAAAUACAUUAUAUAACCAAGUAAAGAAAAACAGCAAGAGAAUUAUCAAAGUACAUGAAUCACAGUGUACCAAUCUGAAAAUUAUUACAUAAGGACUGUGAUAUUUGUAAUUUCUUUUUGUAACUGAUUCAUGAAACAAUGCAAGAAUGCAUACCUCUGGGAAUGGAACCUCACGUCUUAAGGCAAGCACAUGGGAAGCUGAAACAGGAAAACUGAGAAUUAGAGGCUAACCUGAAAAGAAAAAAGAAUUGGAUACUUUAUAUUUUGACCAAAGCAUAGAAAUAGACUUCCAGUGUUAGGAGGUAAGCUGUUGUCCCAAGUUGGCCAAGUACACAGGGAGUUGUGCCCAGAACUGACAGCUGUUCACUUGCUUUUGGUAUGCGAACCUGGCUCUGCAUCACACACAGGACACCUGAGCUGGAGUUUGUUGUACUUCUGCUGACUACUGGGGUUACUACAGGAUCCCCCCAGCUCCAGCACAGCAGCUGUCAGUCUCAUCCAUCGUCUGGGUUUCCCUUUUUUGUGCUAUGUCAGUCCUUACUGUUGGGAUUUGUUAUACGGUUUUUAUUUUAGAAUCCUCUUUUCUUUUUAGAUUAUGAAAAGCAUGUUUUAUAUAUUUAAGAGUCCCUCAAAAUCUCUUGUGAGGUGAGGCUAUAUAGCAAUGUUAUAAGCUAUGCAUGUCUGUAAUUAACAAAGUAUGCAUAAAUGAAGAAAGAUUUUUCAAUGUAUAUUUUAAGAUUCAGGAUAAAAAGGGCUUCAUUUGUUAUGAGAACAUUUAGAACUAUGUAUACUUAUACCAGGAAAUACAGCUUUGUAAUCAAAAUUGGAAACCUUCCAUGCACAUGCUUCAUGGGACUAAACAACCUAUGCUCAUGUGACCAAACAUACCAAAGUGCCUAUGGCGAAUACUGAGUGUAAUUUUUAUCUGCUCCUCCUGUCUCGCAGAUUAAAGUGUGCCUCAGUUUGAAAUUUGUACCAUGAUGUAUUGUAAUAGUGUCUGAAUCUUCACAGCACAUCGCAGGUAAUCAUAGGACCAUUGUAAUCUCACUCUCCUGUCAAUUGAGACCUUCCUCUGAAACCUCUUUAUAAGUUGAUUCUCAUUAGCAUACCAGAGUGGUUAUUCUGGGAGGAAGUUUAUGAGUAUGUCACACAUGUGGUCUUAUAUGCACACAAAACAUUUAACUUUGGCAUUUGGUACCAAGAGAAAGAUAGGUGAUGUCUUAUUCAGUAUAAUUGUAUAUCCAUGAUAUUAGAUUUUUUUUGAAGUUGUUUUAAAUUAGAUUUGUUGAAGAACUUCUGUCAUAAUCUAUAAAGAAAAAGAAUUAGUCAUUGAAAUUUUAUCCUGUUGGUGAUUUUUACCAACCUAAACAUUAGGUUUUCUAUCCAUAUGCUUAACCUGUUCUAUAUGCAUUUUACUUAAUGGCAUGCUUAUCUUAAGCAGUUAGGCAUACUGAUACAGUUAAGGAAGGGUAUAGUUUACAGGAGGCCAGUGUAGCAGCUCAACGUGGUGCCCUCUGCUGCAGUGAGGUCACCAGAGCUGGCACCAAGGAGUUCAGACACAAGUUCCAUAUCUGUAAGAUCUGAGGCCUCUGGUAGCAGCCUCCUCUCUGGAAAGGAAGAAGGAAAAGGAAGGGAGGAUCUGAGAGCUGUGAGUCAACAUCACGGCCACUUGCACACUCCAGAUGGAAGGCACCUUAAGUUCUUGAAAUAUCUUUUAGUUUUCAGGAAUCAGCUCAUCUAGGAAAAGAACUUUUAAGUUUUCUACUUUAAACCAAACCAAUGGAGGGAGAAUUGGAUAUAUUUGAAGUACAGCUCUGCGCUAGUUCAUACAUGUGGUUGCUUAAUCUGUGCCUUAAAGUACAAAGGUGUUUUCAAGUUUCAGAUGAAAACAGAAGCAGCCUUGUAGCUAUAUUUAUCAGUUUAUAUUUUGCACUCUAGAAUUCCUCUACAAAUGGUCCUUAUGCGGGUCAGUCUUUGAGAGAGCUGGGGAUUAGUUUGAGAACCUGGGUUGCUGCACACAUAAUCUUUGGUUUUCACGUUGACUGGUCCUAGCUGAAUUACCUACUGUGGGAGAGGACAACAAAGGGAUUUUUUAAUCAUAGAAUAUCCUUUUUGCUUAACUAAUUUUACAUGACAGUGCAUGUAUUUAUUCAAUAAAACCUUUAUGUUAGUUCACUUGUAA